AUGUUCACUGAAGGGCUUGAUCCUCAUGCCGUCCGAUGGGUUCAGCAGGUAGGUUUGCUCCUCCUCUUUCCCCUCGUCAUCUUUUUCUUGUUCGUCGUGGAUGGGCGGUUCUGUUCCUUUGGGCGUUGUCUCGGUCUCGUCACGUCUAAAUAGAACGAUGCAUGUUCUACUAGGAGACGCGCACAAAUUCCAGCUCAAACAAGGGUCUUCAUUCUGUCCGAGGCGAUAACUGGGGGGUGGGAGGGGCAGGGGGCGCACGGGCGUCUGUCUUGCCACGACCGGAGAAGUUUCGAAGUGGGCACUUAACUCAGGCUUACGUCCCCGUGUCGCGCACCAUUCCGGCUGAUGAAGACAGCGUUUCAAGCACUUCUGACAUGGAUGAGGAUACGGACUAUGAUGAGGAUAGAUACAGCGCGAGAUAUUACCCUAGCUCACCGCCCAAAGUUGGUCGCAUGCAGACCCAGCAUCAUCAGCAGCGGGGUCAACGGCGUUCUGGUGACGUCAAUGGAACCGUUAGCGUGCCCAAGAAAACUGUUCUGUCGAGCCAGUAUCAGUAUUCCAGUGAUACAUACUCAGAUUUGAGUCCUUCCAGAAGUCAGCGUUAUCCUCAGAAGCAAAGCGGACAAACUCAUACGAGCGACUACACAGAGGAUGAUGAAUCUGAAUCAGGUUGCAGCUUAGAAUUCACUUCUGGGCUGCAGAGACCUAAUGGAGAUACAUACAUGUCGUCACGAAGAUCUCCCCAGAAAAGUAACUUCCACAAUGUUCCCUUCCAGGGAGGAGGGCAGACAUAUUCUGAAAAGGUUCGACCUCUAACCUUAACCCCUUUAGGAUUAUAAAAUUACAAAUAUGCAUAUCCUGUGUAGUUUGGAGCAUUAAUGUGGAAAUUCUAUAACACCUAACCAUUCUAUUAAGUCUGUCCGAACUGAUCUUAUAGAAUGGUUAAGUGUUUUAAUGUGGAAAUUGUGCUUUGGAUGAAUGUAACAUGCCAAAAGAAGUUGAUCACGAGAAGAAGACAGGCCAAAUGAAGAUGAUUAGCCCCUAAAAAUGCUCACUACUAAAAACUGAAAUACAUAGUAAAAUUCAUUAAUUUUUUUGGCUGAAAAUUUUUAUGUUCCUAAAACAAUUAGCACUUUUCUUGCUUAUAACUGAACUCUAUCUGCAUAGCUUCACUGGGUAGUUACAUGAUACUCUAGUGGUGCUCAUUGCAAUUGGGAAUGUCAAAAUAAAUGCUUGCCCAGGAGGCUGCGCAGGGAGAGAUGCCAAGCCAGGUCCUGCACUACACAGUGCAAAGGAUCUACAGUUGAGGACCAGCCACGUUUGCAAAGAUACCCAGGAAUGUACUGGACUCCAUAAGUGGGUCUUUAGGUGUGGAAGUCAAAAAGAAGUUCGUGGGCGGAAAGAUAAUUUGGGGGAUUAUCACAACUGCUUAUGGAUUUCCUCAGCUAGGAGAUGCAUGUACAGCAAAGUUUGGACAUAAGGAUUUCAUUACCUUUAGAACUGUCUUAUAACUUGGGAAUGGGACUCAUUUUUUCAAGUGUUUUACCGAUUAUUUGUAUUAAUUUUUAGAAAGCUGAAGUUUUUCUAGUACGUUUGCUUAAAGUUUUACUGUUAUCAAUUGAAGUUUUUUUCUGAUAGGAUAUGCUUUCAGGAUCCUCAGGUUGGACGCCUGGCUAGCAAAAACAAUAAUGAUGCCAAGGUUCCUAGUGCCCCACCACUAUACGUCCCUACUCAUCAAAUCAAGGAAGAGGUGGGCAAAAAGGCCUCAAUGCUAAGAGUUACUCCAUUUUCAACUGCUUCAUCAUCAUCAUCCAUCAAGAAUCAGCAGAAUGCAGAUGCCAGUGUUAGAUUGAACGCAUCCAACAAGUAUGCUUGGCCCACGAAGCAUAGUUUCCAUUCUCUUUAAGAAUGAUUUCUUAAAUUUAAAGUUCUACUACCUGUUGGCAGGACAAAUGAUGCUGAUGUUGAGGCGACAACUUCUGGUUCUGUUGCAGUUCGUGUACCCAAUUACCAUGCAAGGUGGAGUGUCCUUCACGUUAUUCGAAACAACAGUGAAAUCAUUUAGUGGAUAAACUUUGUGGUGCCUCUACACUCAUUCUUAGUCUUGUUGACUUGUAAGUUAGCAUCUGAUUUCGUCUCAUAUGUUUCAGUGGACAAGGACCAUGGCAUUCAGUUAUCGCAUAUGAUGCAUGUGUUAGACUUUGCCUUCACUCAUGGGCGAUAGGUUGCAUGGAGGCUCCUACUUUUCUGGAGAAUGAGUGUGCCUUGCUGAGAAAUGCAUUUGGGUGAGCUGAAGUUUUUUCACUUUUGAUAUAAAAAAGGAUUAAAUUUAAUGUUUCUAUAAAAAUAAUUAAAUUGCGCCAGGCCUCUACAUUUAUCUCGUUUGAGUGUUUUUUGCCGUGCAAAGAUGCCUUUGCAUUUGGUCGUACUCAUUUCGUGGCUUUCUGUGCUUUUCCUAGUUUGCAGCGAAUCUUGUUACAAUCAGAGGAGGAAUUACUUGCACAACGCUCAUCUAAAGUUACCAAUGAAGUUCCUGUUGUAAAACCAAAGAAGACAGUUGGCAGGAUGAAAGUACAAAGUGAGAUAGUUUUCUUGUUUGCAAUGCUUCUCUCCUUUCUGAAAUUUGGUACACUACUGCGGUCUGAUUGUGCCAUCUUGCCCGCGUUUUUAAUGUUUGUCUAAUUAAUCUCAUUUUCUGAAUGUCAUCCCUGUCUUUCUCAAGAAAAUACACUAGCCUUGCUAUUAUCUGCCAUUUUUUCUGAUCUAUGUUUAUCAACUUUUUUAACGUAUAUAUUGUAUAAUUUUGGAUUUAUGGGAUCAAUCUUUGACUUCUAAGCAUAAUAUUCUUUUGCAGUUCGCCGAGUUAGAAUGGUCGCAGAUGGGCCUUCAGGCUGCAGCUUUUCUUCUUUGCAGCCGCCAGUUAUAAACUUGAAAACAUUCCGGCACCAAAUCUCAAACCUACAGUCGAGUCUUUCUUCUGGAUGGGGGUCUCUUCGAAAUGUUCGUCUAGUACCUCAUUUACCUACCACCAGGUCCUUUUCACGGAAUAGCAUGGCAUAUAUGCAUGCUAGUACUCAGUAUAUCAAACAGGUUUCUGCACUCCUUAAAAUUGGUGUCACUACAUUGCGUAGCAGAUCCUCAUACGAUGUGAUGCAAGGUAUAGAAACUCAACAAUGUUGAUGCUUACUCUUCUGACAAUUGAUAUAUUUGUAUUUAAUUACUGUUAACGAGAAAUAUAUCAUUUCGACAGAGUCUUACUCAUGUCAGUUGAGGCUCAAAAGUGCAAGUGAACAAGAUGCCAUUAGAAUGCAACCGGGAUCAAGUGAUUCACAUGUCUUGUAUGUUUCGUUUAUUUGUAUUUACGUGCAUUGUUGUUUUACAUUCGUGCCUUCAGUAGAUAUUGACUUAGCAUGGAUCUACGCACUUUCAGUUACCUUUUUUGCAUUUUGUAGAAAGUUGUUUUAUCUCUUGUUUGUUACCUAUCAAUCGGUGUUCAGGGAGAAAUAUAUGAGGCUUUUCUUUUAAAUUGCAGCUUUCCGGAUAGUUUAGGAGAUGACUUAAUUAUUGAGGUCUAUGAUUCCAAGGGAAACUCUUAUGGUCGUGUGCUUGCUCAAGUGGCUACCAUAUCUGAGAGUGCAGUAAGUUGUCCUUGAUAUUUUCGUCGCUUUUACUAUGCGGUGGGUUGUUCCUUUAUGACCAUCGGAUUUCUGGUUCUGUGCAGAGUGACAAGCUUCGGUGGUGUCCCAUUUACCGUGAACCUGAGCACGAACUUGUAGGUCACCUGCAGCUUUUUGUAAGCUACUCGACUGGUCUUGAUGAGAAUGGUUCUCUUAAGGUAAUGAUAUCAACAGAAAAUCUUGUUUGUUUUGAUACAAAGUAAUUCAUAAAUGAAAGAAAGACAUGAUUACGGAUUUCACUCCUAUUGCGCAUAUGAUGGCUAAUCUUAGAUACUGGGUUUUUACUUCGCUCAUCAUUGUCAUUUUCUGCUGAACCCAUCAAAUUGCAGCUGGGGAGGCAGAAAAUGUCUUUUAGUGAGCCUGUUGUCAAACAUCUCUCGCUGUAUCGAAUCUAUCUUACAUGGAUUCACAUUGUCGUAUCUAUGUUGUUUGCUUCAUCUCCCUUUAUUCAUUUGAUAUAUCAUUUCAAACUUCUCAUAUAAAUUUGGCACCACAAUUCCCAUUUUACAGGGAUAAUUCAACCAAUAAAAAUGUAGAAAAAAUAUAAAAGGAAUCAUGUAUGGCUUGUAAAGGUAUAUUACAAUACUAGAGGGGAAUAACAAAAGAAAGCACUGAAUGAUUGUUCCCUUGCUUGUGAUUACGACAAGCUUUCACAAAAAUGCAUUCACGGAACUGUGUCUAGGAAUGAUUUUUGUUGUCAAUCCAACCUCUUUCAGUUUUUCGAUUGAACCUUGAGAACAUCACAGUAAUGUUGUGCUCCUCUUAGUGUGGUUCUGUCGCAGAAACCAUGGCUUAUGAUGUGGUCUUGGAGGUUGCGAUGAAAGUUCAACAUUUUCAACAAAGGAAUUUGCUGUUGCACGGGUCUUGGAAAUGGUUGCUUUCAGAGUUUGCAUCCUACUAUGGGGUGUCGGAUGCGUACACCAAACUAAGGUAAAGCUGUCUUACCGAUGUUUUAUUGCAUAGCCUUUUUGUUUCUGUUUACUGGCAUUCUUUUUUCUUUAUUUAUCUUAAUUUCCCCUGUCCUUGUCAACUUAUAAUUCUGAUUCUUGGGCAGAUACCUUUCUUAUGUUAUGGAUGUAGCAACACCCUCAGCCGACUGCCUCACCUUGGUGUAUGAUUUGUUGUCUCCCGUAAUUCUGGGAAACCAAGUUAGAUGUACCCUAAGUCAUCAAGAGGUAAGCACUUUUCCGGUACCCGCAUUCUUUUGAGAUUAUGUUUUAAAUUAUAGUGAUAUGACUGGGAUGUGACUGUUAAGGCAUGUGCUCUGGAUAAAGGUUCUCUUUCUCUUUCUUUAAAAUUUAUCUACCCUGUUCUUAUGGCUGGACGCUGAUAAGUAUGUUUGAAUUUGAGCGGAUUCUAUCAUAUCGUUCCUAUUUUUCUUGUAUUAUUCUUUUAUAAUUUUUUUCCUAAGUUUUAGUUGGAUGUGCUUGACCAGAAUCGGAUCUUGGGAGAGAUUGAGGAACAAGUUGAGCAAAUUUUGUCUACGGUUUUUGAGAACUACAAGUCUUUGGACGAGUCAUCACCUUCAGGAAUGAUGGGUGUCUUUCGAUCAGCAACUGGAUCCCCAGCUCCAGCGUUAGCACCUGCUGUAAAGCUAUUUACGCUUCUCCAUGACAUUCUAUCCCCAGAGUCACAGUUGAAGUUAUGUGUGUACUUUCAGGUCUGGAAUUGACAAAACUUAAUUCCUUGUAUGUUCUCUUCGAUACUUUAUAUCUUAGCUUGCCAGGAUUCUGUGUGUUAGACUGCAGUGAAGAAGAGAUCGAGGAGGCACCUUGUAGAAACAGAUGAGUUUAUUGCCAACAAUUCUGAGGGAUGCACUAUGGAUAAUAUAUCAAUGUCCACUGCGUAUCAGAAGAUGAAAGCACUUUGCUUAAAUAUAAGAAAUGAAGUCUAUACUGAUAUUGAGAUUCAUAAUCAUCACGUACUUCCAAGGUGAGCUCUCUCUUGGCUGUACCAUUUUUACUCCCCAGCCACAAAUAGCAUCCUGUGGUUUCUUGUCAUUAUCUGGCUAUGCAUAACAUCGAAUGCCCUAAAAAAUCGAACCUGAAAUUCUAAGUGCUAUUGAUAGAAUGCCCAACAAGUAGUAUUCUGCCUGCCCUGUCUAUUUUUCCUUAGGGAAAGAGGGCAGUAGCAAUCAACCCCUGAGGAAGCCAUUUCCAUAGGGAGUGAUCUACUCCGGAGAACUACCUUGUAUUUACAUUCUUUCAUAAUUUUAUUUUCAAUUCGCCUCAUGUAAGUUGCUUUUUUUUUAUUCUCCAUUUCAUUUUUGUUCAGAUUUAGACACAGUUUUUUUUUUCUAACUCAUGCUUGGAAAAAAUAUUCCAGGACCCGUGACCUACGAAAUUUGCUGCUUGAAUUUUAAAUGUUAAAAAUUGAACUUCUUGUAUAUCUCUCCGUUUCCUAUGCAUCGGUAUUGAUGAUCGGGCAUGCCAUCCUGCACACCUCUCCUUACCCUCCCCAUCGGUUUUGAUGGUUGGACGUGGCAGGCUGACUGCUCUUCCCAAAAAGACUGAAAGAAUGAAGAUCUUCAGGCGGAAACUGAUGUGACCCAACCCAAAAAAUUGUAAAUAUUGGGCUCAUAUAUCAUUUUGUUCAUGCGAGCCUUCCCAUGAGUGAACCCAUUGUAAGAUAACUUCAGUUUUGAAGUUGUCCAAAUGGACUACAGUUCAUUGGUUUAUAUAAUUUUUCUUUAUAAGUGCUUUUGCUUAUGGACGCCAGAUUUGUGUGCCUGUACUUAAUUUGCCGUUAAAUUAUUUUCGCCGAUUAUGGAUUCUGUGCCAUAUAAAUGGCGAUUAUGGUUACUAUUAUCGUCUUCUUACAUUGCUUUCAUCCCAGCUUAUCUGCUCAUCCGCGUGGCUUUUCUAUAGCUACACGUCUCUUUGAGCCUAAUCAGAGCUCCUGUUUACUAACCCAUCGUCGCUGGCUGUUUCUGUAAUCUGACCAAUCGCACUUGUUGUUUCAGCUUCAUAGACCUUCCGAAUAUCUCUGCCUCCAUCUACAGCGUGGAGCUUUGCAAUAGACUGCGUGCAUUCCUCGUGGCAUGCCCUCCCGCCGGUCCUUCGCCCCCUGUAGCAGAUCUUAUCAUCGCCACUUCCGAUUUUCAGGGUGACCUCGUGCGCUGGAACAUGAGGUAACCAACGUUGCCAAAUCCUCUGCAAACCCGUGUCAGUAUUUCUUCCAGAUAGUAUGGUAUUACUGAGCCAUGCUGUUAUUCUCCGCAGUGCCGUCAAAGGCGGUGUCGACGCGAAAGAGUUGUUUCACUUGUACAUAGUACUGUGGAUUCAGGACAAGCGUCUCCAGUUGCUUGAGUCUUGCAAACUAGACAAGGUAAAGGGGGGGGGGGGGCGGGGGCGUGUUCCUUCAGUAUAUAUAUAUAUAUAUCAUCUUUCCCGGGACGAAGAACCCUGGUUGAUCUGCAGGGACCUGCUCUGGGCCUCCUCUGCCUGUUUGCUCCAUGGAGAUAUGUGUUCUAUCUUCUAAGUACUGGGAUGGAUUGUGCAGGUGAAAUGGUCCGGGGUCAAGACCCAGCAUUCCACCACCCCAUUUGUGGACGAGAUGUACGACCGGCUCAGGGAGACGCUGAACGAGUACGAGGUCAUAAUCAGUCGCUGGCCCGAGUACACCUUCCUACUGGAAAAUGUGAGCCUCGUUUACUUCCUCUGAUCUUGGGGCGACGACGACGAUGACGACGACGGUGAUGAUGAUCUGAUCUUCUGUCUCGGAAUAUCCAGGCUGUGGCGGACAUUGAGAAAGCCGUGAUAGAGGCCCUGGAGAAGCAGUACGCGGACGUCCUGGCCCCUCUCAAGGACAGCAUGGCCCCGAAGAAAUUCGGCCUCAAAUACGUCCAGAAGCUGGCUAAGCGAAGCUCCCCAGUACCUUACACGGUCUCCGAGGAGGUAGGCUGACCCCCUCAUCUUGACUUAUUUUUCGAUCUACCUCAUUCGGCAUUCUUAUGUAUAUGUGUGUGUGAAUUUUCCUUUUGUGGGGGGGGUUUUGUCAGCUGGGGAUUCUGCUGAACACGAUGAAGAGGCUGCUGGACGUGCUGCGGCCGAGAGUGGAGGCGCAGCUGAAGUCGUGGGGUUCCUGCAUCCCCGACGGCGGCGGCGGCGGAGCCACGGCCCCCGGGGAGCGCCUCAGUGAGGUGACUGUCCUCUUGAGGGCCAAGUUCAGGAACUACCUCCAGGCCGUCGUGGAGAAGCUCGCCGAGAAUGUAAGACGCAUUUUAGAAAACCACCAUCCUCUCUCCUCUUCCUCUUCCUCCUGAUCACUCAGAAAACCAGACUAGUAGACUGCGUAUGCAUAAACCACAUCAUCAUAACCCCUCUGCUCUUGCUCUUGCUCUUUCUCUUGCUGUGGCUCUCUGUAUGUGGAUUACAGAGCCGAGGGCAUAGCCAGACCAAGAUGAAGAAGAUCAUCCAGGACUCCAAGGACGUCGUGAUGGAGUCGGACAUCCGUACCCGGAUGCAGCCUCUCAAGGAUCAGCUCAUCGCCUCCAUCGACCACCUCCACUCCCUCAUGGAGCCCCACGUCUUCAUAGCCAUCUGCCGCGGCCUCUGGGACCGCAUGGGCCAGGUCCCCCUUCCCUCUCUCUCUCUCUACCCUCUACCCUGUACUCUCUACCCUCUAUCUCUCCAUAUCUUACUGAUGGGUGUGGUGUGAUGGACGCAGGACGUGCUGAGCUUUUUGGAGAACAGGAAGGAGAACCGGUCGUGGUACAAGGGGUCGCGGGUGGCGGUGGCGGUGAGUUGCCCCCGUCUCUCUCUGUCUCUCUCUCUCUCUCACUCUGUGUUGCUGCUGCUGCUGCUGCUGCAUCUCCCUUUCUCUUUACCUGGGACGUUUAUUAGUCCAUCUUCUCCUUCUCCUCCUCGGCGAUGGCGCAGAUCCUGGACGACACGUUCGCGUCGCAGAUGCAACAGCUGCUGGGGAACGCGCUCAUGGAGAAGGAUCUCGAGCCACCGCGGUCCAUCGUGGAGGUGCGCUCCGUGCUCUGCCGAGACGCCCCCAACCACAAGGAGUCCAACUUCUACUACUGA